ACAUGGACAGGGCCAGGGAGAGAGUAACCUACUUUCAGAACUAUUGGGUACAUGGUCCUACUUGGGUACUUGGUUCUGAUUAGACAUGACGUACCUGUAGGAUCGACGUCCCAAAUUCCACAACAAGAAUAAGAAGGUCCCCUGUGUAUCAGGACCGUUCCAGCCCAGUGGCGUCGUCACCAGCACAGACGAUACCAUAUCAACAGACCGACCUGCUGAAUACUGACUGUUAUAAACUGUUCUAGUCCAGACUGUUGUUUCAAGUCAACAGAGCCAGCCAAUUGGCAGUCUACCCGUCUCAUCAUGGCAACAAUGGAGCCUGUGGCCAACCGACAGAGCUCAGCUGACUCAUUGGACGAGUGGGCCAGCGAGGUUUGGGGCAUGGAGGAGGGCGAAAUGGACCCUCCUCCUCACCCGUUGGUCAAACAGGCACCCAGGGCAAAGUCAGAAGACCUGGGGUCAGAAUCUCCAGAUGCUCCAAAGCCUAGACCCCAAGUGUCUCCCUCAAGUGAGAACCUUACAGACUCAACAAACAAAAUGGCAGAAGUGGUUCCUAAAAUGGAGCAGGAGGCACUUUCUGGGGUAAAUCAGGUGCCUAGUAGUAGAAUUCAGGUGGGUGAUAGUGAAUUGAAACGAGACCUUAAAAUGAUAGAUGACAAUCACUGUGAGAAGGAGGAAGAUGCCGCUGCUUUUCGGUCGCCUCUUGCCUGCACUGGCCAAGCCUCACCUGCAGAGGGCGCUCCAGAGACCCAGCCACGUGCAUUGGAGGAGGAAGAAGAAGAAGAGGAGACCAUUGACUGUAUCAGUGAUGGUAAGGUGGAGGUGAUCUCUAACUCUGUAGAGGAGGAAAUGUCAUCAUCUGACAGCCAGGGUAGCCAGGAGUGGCCUUCGAGAUCUCACCUUGAUGACGUUGUGGAGGAAGACAAAGAAGAAGAAGAUGGUGCCAAGGAAGACAAAGUAGAGGAGUUUCAGUCUGUUGAGAUGAUGGAAAAUGGCGCUGUGCGGUUGGAGUUGAAUCCAGCUAGUAGUGAAUUUGAGCAGAGGCUGUCAGAGACGGUGUGUGCUACUGAGAAGGCUUCUGUAGAAGGGGGUCCUGUUGAAACUAGCAGUAGCCCCCCAUCAGUGCAGGUAGCUGACAAGCAAGAGGUUAGUGAGUGCCCAAUCAGUGGUGACAGAGAGAAGACAAUGUCAGACAAUAACAACCAUGAUACUAUGAAGGCUGCUGAAACUAGAACUACCACCCACUCUCCACUAAAAAGAGAGAGUUCCGAUGACAUAUUCUCUGAGUCCCCGGAAAAUCCUGAAUCAGCUCUUGCCGGUGAUGGAGAGGAGAACCAGAGUGUUGACUCCAAGUCUUUAGACAUCAGCUCAGCCCGGAGGCAAUGGGUUAGGCUGGACAGUACCAGAAGCAAACUCCCUCAGCCUGAGCAAUCCACCUCCUCUAGAUCCUCCUCUUGUAGCCACCUAGUAGACCUGGCUCAGCCCCCGGGUGUAGUUACACCAGACAAACAGCAGGGGGAGCAGUUGUUACGAAAUGUCACUGCUGCUCUGACGCAUCAUAGUAACCAGGAAGUGGCAGCACAACAGGUGUUCAAGGGAGCAACUCUGGCUCCGCCCCUGGCGACAGUCGCCAAGGAGCCAGCUAAUCAGGUCAAGGCAGAUCUCCUUGGCUCUGGCUGUGUUGUAGUGAAAGAGCAGGCGGGUGGAGAGAGAAAGGUGGGAAAGAGGGAGGGAGACAACAGGCAAACAGGUGAAGAGAGAGGGCAGAGAGCGAGUGGACUUGGCACAGCGGGCGAGGCAGACAGGAAGAAAAAAGAGAAACGGAGCGAAGAAAAGAGGACAAACUCUGGGUUGUUGAUGUCGAGAGACAGUCACAGCAAAGCUUCAAAGAUGAAGUUGGGAAACAACUUGUUCGAUGACAACCAGAGUGACAGCGGCGUAUCUGCCGACUUCUCCCCUGGUAGUACUGUGGAGCUCCAAACCACCACCUCCACCCCCACCCUCACCUCGCCUCCGGCCGACGAGACCCCCAUCGAGAGGGAGAUCCGUCGGGCAGUGCAACGUGAGCAGUCCCUCAGGAGAUCCAGGGGCCUCCACAACAAUCCUCCCACCCAGGAAUAUGUGGACAUCCCCCUAAGGAAGUCAGUCUUGACUGAGACCCUUCCUUCCAAGUCGGACAAGAGCCAGGGGGGGAAGGACCGUCUGUUUGCGGGGAAGAAGAUGCAGAAGGAGAUCAGUGUAGAGACCCAGAGGGAACAGGUCCUGGUUCGACUAGGGAAAGUUAGAGGUUCCUAUGACAAGGGGACAGUACGCCAGCUCAAGGAAAGGAAGAAGUUAUUCGAAGCUUUCCAGGAGCCCAAGGAGACAUCCUCGAUGAUACUGUCCCAGAGCAAGGCACCCUCCUGGGCUUCGGCGAGUGACCUCUCCACCCUGGAGAUCCAGGGGAACGACGCUUCAUCCGUGUCCUUUGUCGGAGGCUCGUUCGGGGAGAGAAGACGUAGUAGCCUGGAGCUGAUGUCCCAGACCCAGAACCAGAGCCCCUCCGGAACACCUAAAGGCAUCACCUACACCCCUCAUGGGGCCCCUGUCCCCCGGGGCCCCACUCUCUCCGAGAGCGCCGGGGGCCAGAUAAUCAUCCUGGAUAACCACCACCACCUGGUUCUCCCCGCUCCGGCCCACGUCCACCACGUCUCCAAGCCCCUCAGGCACUCCCACAGUACGGGCACGCUCACCGAGACACAGGGCCUCACCGUGGUCGACUCCGCUUCUAUAUACUCCUCAACCAGUGCACUCAGCGGAGAAGAGAGAAGGGGGUUUUGGAGGGAUGAGGAUGGAGGGAGGAUGGAUCAGGAGGAGGAGGAGGAGGAAGAGGAGGUUCCAAAGGAGAACCCCUUCUUCAAGCUGCGCUCCUCAUCGGUGUCUCAGGACAAGGUGGAGCAGGAUAUCCGGGAAGCCAGGGAGAGAGAGAAGGAGCUGCGGAGGCAGAGGAGCAGUCUGUACGGGAAGGAGGAGGAGGAGGGGGAGGCCAGCCAGUAGGGAGGUACAGAGUCCCACUUCUCCUCCUCCACCUCUACUACUACAGAACGGACUGGUGACCCCUGAACUAUCUGUUACCCCCUCAUCGCGGACAGCCUCUGCAACACCAACAGCACGACAGUCUCUUGGGAAGCUGGGCAUGUGGCCUCCACCACAGACAGAUGAGUAUCCGGAUAGUCAAUCAGAGGUAUGUUAUAUCCUUCCCUCACCAAACGUAAUCUAUAUAGGCCCAGGAGUUUUCCUGAGUAGGUAAAAGGUCGGGGCUUAAUCAUACGCUUUGACGAGCGCUCUUAGAACCGGACGAAACACUGGGGGCUCAAAGUUUAUUUCCUGGUUAAGUCACAAGGUCAGUAAAACCACCUGGCCUUAACAUACGGUCGCCACUAGUUAUCACAGCCACAAAGUCUAAACAAUGCCUAUUUCUUCUAAAAAUGAUAUUUUAAACCUAACCCCAACCUUAUCCCGGACUUUAACCACACUGCUAACCUUAUCCCUAACUUUAACCACAUUGCUAACCUUAUCCCUAACUUUAACCACACUGCUAAC